GCAGGUUCAUUCAUCUGGCGCAAAACGAAGCGCGUACGCCGCAGCAUAUAUAAAUAAGUAUUUAUACCUCUUCUGUGCUUGUGGUUUUGAGCGUUGCACUUUCGGAUCUCCCUCUCCCCCUCUCUGGCGGCGUUCGAUCGCGCGUGCAAUUAGUGGCGCUCCGUAGCGUUUUAUCAGUGAGUUUUAUUUUUCUUCUUGUAGCGGUAGCACGUAGCAUAGGGAGCGAUCUCACGCAAGUUUUUUUUCUCUUUUUUUUUCUUCCGGCUUCAACUGUCGCAAGGGACGCAACGCACCGACGCCAAGUACUGCGUUCGCGUAGCUCUGCUGCCUUUCUUCUUCUCAUUCCAGGAAAGCAGGAUAGCCACAGCGGCAACACACGCUUCAAAAAGGAACACGUUUUACUUUCGGGGCUCUGCCGUUUUCUCGGUCUAACAGCCGCGCUCUCUUCCUCCCCCACCACCCACACCCACUUAGUAGCUUCCUUUUUCUCCUAUCUCUCCAGCUUUAUCACCGAGGAAGAAAAGGCCACCAUGCUGCGGCGCUGCUGCAUCGUCCGCAGCGGACAUGGCGAUCUCUUCCCCACGAGCAAGGCCGCCGCCCACCUCAAUCUACCUUUCGUGAUGGGCCGCGAGGUGCCUCCUCCACCCGGAAAGGACCGCUGCUACGCCGAGUUCUGCACGCCGGAGGUGCAUCGCAAGUUUCAAACAAAUGCGCCGGAGGUGCACGCGGUGAAAGCCGUUUCGACACGCAGUCCUUUUAAGAAGGAGCUGCACCACUGCGCGACGGAGCGGCCCUCCGAGGCGUCGAUCGAGGCUACCCUGGCCGGUGUGAGCGGCGCCUUAAACCACCACCACACGAAGACGAACGAGACGCCGAUGGCCCGCGCGAACAUCGCGGCGAAGCUCGCGGCGGAGCGGCAUGCAAAGACGCGUGACUUCAUGGAGCACAAACGUACCCCGCGCGAACGCAGCGCCAAGUACGCCGGGGAAAACGCCAUCGAGUACCCGGCCGCGCAGUUCUUCGUGGAGGAGCGGGUGAACCGACUGCGCAAGAUGGAGAAUACGAACCCCAGCGGUUUUGUGCGGGAGUACAUGCUGUGGGAGCCGAAACCGCCGCCGCCACCGCCGCCGAAGAAGUAA